AUGGAGAUCGAUUAUAAGUAUUAUGCUGGCAAUAUAGAUAAAAUUAUCAACGAAGACUUUAUUAAAAUUAGGGAGACACACCAAAUGUGCGAAAUUUUAAAGCUUACAUACCUUUCCGUGGAUCAAUUUACAAGAAUUUUCAACAUUGUAAAGGAGUAUUUUGAUCCAAACGACAUUAUUUCCAUGUUGAAAUGCUCAAAUGUUAAUUUCAAAAAAGAUAAAGAUAAUUACACGGUCAUAAAAUGUAUAUCAGAAAUUUUUGAAAUGAAGCCCUUAAACGACAUUUUUUUAAAACAUGCAGGUGAUUUUCAUAUUGGUAAUGCAUCUUAUGAAUCCUCAAGAAGUCAUUCAAUUCAAAUUAAGGAUUUCAAAAUUUCACAAUUAUUUUAUCAAGUUUAUGAGAUUUUGGAAAAAGCAGCAGCAAAUGAUGACACAAAGACUAUCGAGGAAUGUGUUAAAAACAAUACCUGGAGAAUAAUUAAUGAUAAGGGAUCAAAUUGCAUUAUUAAUGCUGCACGUAAAGGAAAUCUUAAGCUUGUUAGAUUGUUACAAGAAUAUGGAGCAGAUCCUUGUUCCAAGACUGAUGAUGAUAUCACAAUUCUUCAUUAUUUCUGUCACAGAGAUUCUAUAGAAGGGGUUCAAUUUGCACUUCAAUUUAUUAACAUAAAUGCAACCACUAAAACAAAUAAAAGAACUCCUCUCCAUAUAGCCGCCUAUCUCAAUUACGCUAAACUUUGCACUUUCCUUUGUAAACAAGCAGGAAUUCAAAAGAAUGCAAAAGAUUCUUAUAACAAAACACCACUUGGAGUGGCAAUCCAAAAGGGAAAUAAAGAUGCACAGGCGGCGUUAAAAGCUUGCAAUUGCAUUUAA